UGCUUGUUAAUCAUCAUAAUUCACAUUCAUUGACCAGUUUUCUCUCUCUUCAUCCAGUUGCAGUAAUUAGUAAUAAAACUCCAUUUUUGCAGAGCUGAGCUAGAGAGAGAAAGAAGAGCAGCUCUCAAAUGGUGACGAUGCCUCUCUCUCUUCCCCAAUCUCUCUCCCUUUCUCGCCCCUCCUCCUCCUUACGGAAGACUUCUCCUUUUCCCUUCCGAUACUCCAACAACAACAACUCCAAUUUCAGAGUUGUCUUCUCUCCUUCUCCGUCUCGCUUCCGCGCUUCCGCUUCUUCUUCUUCUCCAGAGAAGUUAAAACUGCAACGUUUUGCAAGCGUUUCUUCAUCACGUGGUCAAGAAACAACAUCUGUUGGCGUCCCGCAAGGCUCUGUGCCUCCCCCUUCAACACAAAUAGGGUCACCUCUUUUUUGGAUUGGUGUUGGCGUUGGGCUUUCAGUUGUAUUUACAUGGGUGGCUGGAAUCUUGAAGAAGUAUGCGAUGCAACAAGCUUUUAAGACUUUAAUGGGCCAAAUGAAUACUCAAAAUAACCAAUUCAACAAUGCUGCCUUUUCUCCGGGAACACCUUUUCCAUUUCCACCACCUUCACCAUCACCAUCAGGGCUAGCUAGCACGCCUCGUCCUGCGGCUUUUCAACCAGCGGUGACAGUGGAUGUGGCUGCAACCACGGUAGAAGCAACCCCAGCCGCUGAUGUCAAAGAUGAAACGGAGCAAAAGACAGAAGCCAAGAAAUUUGCUUUUGUAGAUGUCUCUCCUGAAGAAACUAAACAAAAGAGUCCUUUUGAGAGUAGCUUAAAAGAUGCUGAGGAGACCAUUUCGUCUAACGAAGGUCCUACAGCUGGAGUUUCUCAGAAUGGAACUACAUCUAAGCACGGUGUUGGUGCAUCGCAAGAGUCCCCUCCACGACAAGAAAGUACCAUCUCCGUCGAAGCUUUGGAGAAGAUGAUGGAAGAUCCAACUGUGCAAAAGAUGGUUUACCCCUAUUUACCUGAGGAGAUGAGAAAUCCUACUACCUUCAAGUGGAUGUUGCAAAAUCCGCAGUACCGCCAGCAACUUGAAGACAUGUUAAAGAAUAUGGGUGGAAACUCUCAAUGGGACAACCGCGUGAUGGAUUCCUUGAAGAAUUUUGAUCUGAGCAGUCCUGACGUUAAGCAACAGUUUGACCAAAUUGGGCUUACUCCUGAGGAAGUUAUUUCAAAGAUUAUGGCCAAUCCUGACGUUGCCUUGGCAUUUCAAAACCCAAGAGUUCAACAAGCCAUCAUGGAUUGUUCACAGAACCCAUUAAGCAUUGCAAAAUAUCAAAAUGACAAGGAGGUAAUGGAUGUUUUCAACAAAAUAUCAGAACUCUUUCCUGGAGUUACUGGCUCGCCUUGAUACCGUAGAAUCUAGUUCCCAGAACGUUCUGUGAAGUGACCGCCUCACCUUGACGGUGUUGGUGUAGAUGAUAGCUGUUUUUUGGAGUACGGAUGUUUCUUAGUUGUAGAUGAGCAAGGUUACAGAAGCCAUCCAGAUCGCGAAAUGCUUCUUGUUCUCGGGCUUAUGCCUGAAUAUCUGUCUCUAAGUUUCUGCUCUGAAGUGUCUUGGUUGCUCUAAAAAGUUUGUUUUGUCCGUCAUGGCUAAAGUUAUGUAUUUGAAGUCUGAAAAUCUGGUUAGCCCUUAGUAACAAUAUCUUUGCUAGCUUUUUCAAAAUUUUGUGUCGCUAAUUGCCAAAGAAACUCCCCAAAUUCAUUUAAUAAAGUUUGGACGAAUUCUAUUUUGAGCACGAAGAUGACUAUUUCUAGCCAAUAGAGCUAUAAAAGAAUGCUACUGGUGCAGGGUACAAAGAUUUUUUUUUAUACCUUUGUGUAUCUAU